UGGCGUAACCAUAUAUGACAGAAAGAAACCAACUUAGUAUCUGUCAGAAAAAUCAAAAUCGUUACGCAAGUAAUUUUCGAUAUAAAAAAUGUCUUUAUUACAAAAAUUCUUCCCAAAAGUAAAAGCCGACGAUGAUUUAGUUGACCCACAAGAAGUUUUACGCAAUAAAUGUAAAGAAACUGAUCAUUGCAAACAUUUACAAGAAAAAUACGACGCUUGCAACGAUCGGGUUAACUCCCGCUCGAAAACUACCGAAAUUUGCACGGAGGAGCUCUUCGAUUGGCUUCACGCCGUUGAUCAUUGCGUCACGAAAGAUUUGUUCAAACAGCUUAAAUAGAAUUAAUAAAUGUUUAUAAGUAGAAAAAAUGGGGAAAUAGAAACUAUAUAACACAAAAAA